CAGACAGAAGGAAGGCGUCAGACUCAGAGGACUUCAGCCGACUCUCCUACCACUUUUGGACCGAAAGGAUGUUGCCGUGUGUGUGUGUGCUGCUGCUGGCCGCCUCGACCCUGGGCCUGCAUGUGGACGAAGCCGCCCGGGACGCCCAGUGGGAGCAAUGGAAGCUCACACACAGGAGGGAAUACAACGGCCUGGAUGAGGAGGGGAUCCGCAGGGCCAUCUGGGAGAAGAACAUGAGGAUGAUCGAAGCCCACAACGAGGAGGCGGCGCUGGGCAUCCACUCCUACGAGCUGGGGAUGAACCACCUGGGAGACAUGACGUCGGAGGAGGUGGUGGACAAGAUGACCGGCCUCCAGGUCCCGCUGAACCGGGACCGCAGCUUCACCAUGGCUAUGGACGACAAGCUGGAGAGGCUGCCCAAGUCCAUCGACUACCGCAGGAAGGGCAUGGUGACCCCGGUCAAGAAUCAGGGUUCCUGUGGCUCCUGCUGGGCCUUCAGCUCUGCCGGGGCCCUCGAGGGCCAGCUGGCCAAGAAGACCGGGCAGCUGGUGGACCUCAGCCCGCAGAACCUGGUGGACUGCGUCAAGGAGAACGACGGCUGCGGCGGAGGAUACAUGACCAAGGCCUUCGAGUACGUGGAGGAAAACGGAGGCAUCGACUCUGAGGUGGCCUACCCGUAUGUAGGAGAGGAUGAGCCGUGCCGCUACAACUCGUCAGGCAUGGCGGCCCAGUGCAAAGGCUACAAGGAAAUCCCAGAGGGCAACGAGCGGGCGCUGGCGGUGGCGCUCUUCAAAGUGGGUCCCAUCUCUGUGGGCAUCGACGCCACCCAGAGCACCUUCCAGUUCUACCAGAAGGGUGUGUACUACGACCCCAACUGCAACAAAGAGGACAUCAAUCACGCCGUGCUGGCAGUGGGCUACGGAGUGACCCCCAAGGGCAAGAAAUACUGGAUUGUCAAGAACAGCUGGAGUGAGAGUUGGGGCAACAAGGGCUACAUCCUGAUGGCACGUAACCGUGGAAACCUGUGCGGCAUCGCCAACCUCGCCAGCUACCCGAUCAUGUGAGAGGACGAGGAUGAUGAGGACGAAGGGACCAUGCCUGGACUGCUUGACUUCGAUGACAGCCUAGAGCAAAACACACACACAUGCACAAACACACACACACACACACAUACACAAUAUACACACAUGCACACAUAUAUGUUGCACUUGGAAAUGUAUGCAAAGAGUAUCAUUCCAAAACCAACCAGCAGAAAAAUUACAGUAAAGUAUACAUGAGAUUUAUUUUGUUAUGUUGUCUUUUUUUUUUUUUAACAAAAGUUUAUCAUGCAAUAUUGUUGAAAUUAUUAACAAAAUAAAUGUGAAAUAAGUAUGAACCAUACUUUUGGAACAUUGGGUAAUGAAUUACAGAUUCAAAAAAAAAAAAAAAAAAAAGAUGCAAAAUUGUUACUGUGCUUUUGGAAUGCAACUCUUAUUUUUCAACUUCUUUUAAGCACUUUGUCUCCAAACUGGCCGACUGCCACUGCAGGAGUAAGGAAUUAUAGGGAAUAACCAAAUAGUGGAAAUAACUUUAUCAUUGACCAGCCACAGUGGCUGGUGGAUUCAGAAUUUACAAUAAAAACACUGAGCACAGUUACAUGCCACUGAAAGACCUACGAGGCACAGUGCUAGGCUGAAGCCCUUGGGGUCGUAAUAAUCAGUGUCGGGGCCUUACAUUGCACUUCGCAGUUUAAAACGACAGGCGACAUUGCUGGGCGAUGCGACUUCCUCCCUUCCUGUCGAUGCAAAAUGAAGGGCAUGAAUUAUUAACCCUUUAAUGUGUGUGAGUGUUUUGACUGUUCUCCUAACUGUGUCAACUUGUUUUGUUUUGUUCUGUUCAGAGCUUUUCUGAUGAUCAGACUGUAACCUCA